AUGGAGGCCCUGCAGAGGCAGCAGGCAGCUCGCCUGGCCCAAGGGGUGGGGCCACUGGCUCCUCCUCAUCCUCCACUGCCGCCAAGGCCUUCCCUGCCUGGUCUCCGGCCCCUGAAGGCUCCUGAGGGGGCUGAGGAAGAGGAGCAUGCUGAAGAAGAUGAGGAAGAGGAGGAAACUGGAGCAGAGGAGGAGGUAGCCGAAGAGAACUGUCCAGGGACCCGGGGCCCCAGCUCACCUACCACCCAGCCUCCUGGACCCCAUCCCCAUGAGUGGACCUAUGAGGAACAGUUCAAGCAGCUGUAUGAGCUUGAUGCUGACCCCAAGAGGAAGGAAUUUCUGGAUGACCUGUUUAGCUUCAUGCAGAAGAGGGGGACACCAGUGAACCGCGUGCCCAUUAUGGCAAAGCAAGUACUGGAUCUCUAUGCGCUGUUUCGCCUGGUGACGGCUAAGGGCGGUCUGGUGGAAGUCAUCAACCGAAAGGUGUGGCGGGAAGUCACACGCGGCCUCAGUUUGCCCACUACCAUCACCUCGGCAGCUUUCACUCUACGAACCCAGUACAUGAAGUACCUGUACCCGUACGAGUGCGAGACGCGGGCGCUCAGCUCCCCGGGAGAGCUCCAGGCCGCUAUAGACAGCAAUCGGCGCGAGGGCCGCCGCCAGGCUUACAGCAGCGCCCCACUCUUCGGCUUGGCGGGCCCGCCCCCUCGGGCUGCUGCGGGACCCGCCCCGGGUCCUGGCCCCACCCCACCCGCGCCCCUACAGGGUCCCGGCCCAGCCCAGAGCUCUGCUUCAGGCCUGCCGGUACACGCGUGCGCCCAGCUGAGCCCAAGCCCUAUUAAGAAAGAGGAGAGCGGAAUUCCCACCCGUCUGGCACUACCUGUGAGCCUCACCUUGGGACCUGUACGGAAGAAGAUGGCACCAGAGGAACCUCCAGAGAAGAGGGCUGUGCUAAUGGGCCCCGUGGAUCCACCUCGUCCUGGGGCACCCCCCAGUUUCCUACCCCGUGGCAAGGUUCCCCUGAGGGAAGAGCGGCUGGAUGAGCCCCUCAGUCUGGCAGGCAGCGGCAUCAGCAGUAUCAACAUGGCUCUAGAGAUCAACGGGGUGGUCUACACUGGCAUUCUCUUUGCCCGUCGACAGCCUGUAACAGCGUCCCAGGGCCCAACUAACCCUGUACCCCCACCCUCAGCAGGGCCCCCUGGCAAUACCUUGCCCUGAAAGCUCAUAGUCAGAACUAAGUCCCAGCCCCAUUGUUGGGGUGGGGCACCAUCUCACCUUGAUUCUUUCAAGAUGCCCACCCUGGGCCCUGAUUGAUACUAUACCCCACUUCCUUGCUUAAGGUUUUACUUUGAUGUUUCAUCUACCUCACUGUAAAAGGAGAGCAC